AUGAUCGAUAUGCAACUAAAAGAGAAUAAAGUGUGGAUUGACGGGUGUUUUGAUUUCACGCACUAUGGACAUGCAGGUGCCAUUCUACAGGCUCGUCGUACAAUUCCAAAAAAUGCUACUGAUGGCGAAUUAUAUUGUGGUGUUCAUAAUGAUGCAGAUAUAACAUUCAAUAAAGGUCCACCUGUAAUGAAUUCUGAGGAAAGAUAUGCUCAUACGAUGUCUAAUAGAUGGUGUUCACGUGUGAUUCGUGAUGCACCUUAUGUGACGGAUCCAAAAGUAUUGGAUGGAUAUGGUUGUAAAUAUGUUGUCCAUGGAGAUGAUAUUACUCUCGAUGCUAAUGGUGAGGACUGUUAUCAAGAAAUGAAGGAUCUUGGACGAUUCCGUGUGGUGAAGAGAACUGAUGGUGUUAGUACAACGGAUAUUAUUCAUAGAAUGUUAACACAUAAAUAUGAAUAUGAAGAUUCAAUGCCCAGUCAAGAACUAUUAACUAAAUAUUCAAGUGAUUGUAACGGUUAUGAUAUUAAAUGUUUUGUCUUUGACAAAAAUUUACAAAACAUAUUAGUGAAGGGUUUAAUGAGAUCUACUACCCAGGGUUAUAUUAUUAUUAAUGGUGAUUUUGAUUUAUUUCAUAUGGGUCAUAUUGAACAAUUACAACAUGCUUAUGAAAUAUUAUAUCCUGAAAGGGAAAUAUAUAUUGGAUUAAGAAGAUUAGAUCCAAGAGGACAAAGAACCAUAAUGUCAUUAAAAGAACGUUUAUUGAGUAUAUUAAGUUGUAAGUAUGUUGAUGGAGUGAUUAUUGAACCCGAAUAUUCUAAUAUUGAUAUUAAUAAUAUAAUUGAGAUUGAUUCAAAGGAUUUACUUUCAAAUGGUAAUUUCAGUAAAUAUUUAACUAAACAGACAAUAGUUGAUCGUAUUGAGUCUCAAAGAGAUUUAUAUAUUGCCAGAAAUAUGAAAAAGGGCAUGUCAUAUUGA